GCUGCUGCUGCUGCUGCUGCUGCUGCUGCCUUGCUCUCUGUCAGUGUAUUCAUUGAGCCACUGUAAUAGAUGCAGAGCUCCAUGUGUAGGGUCAGUGCUGCCUUUUAGGAAGCGGUGUUGUAUUAAGGGAAGACGAAGGACAGAAUUUGACCUUAAGGGGACAGUAUCACCAAGGAGUCACACCAAGACGGAAGACAAACUAAUGUGAAGCUUCACAUGGCUCCGACGACAAUAGGAUUUGCAUCUUUUUCACUGAAGCUUGAGAGUGACUGAGGAAAACUGAUGAACAGAAAAAAAAGGAGACAACACACCAGAGGACAAGGGGAGACCAACAGAAAACCUUCUGCUGAUGGACAUAGACACGACAAUGUGAUUUUAUUUUUCUUCCGUCUGCCAGCUGGGUUGACAUGCCAAAGUGGUAUCUUAUCUAAUGAAUAGAACUUAUUACACAGACGAGCUGAAAGGACAUACGAUGAGAAUAAGAGGACCAGUACCAACAGAAUGUGGCCACAGCUAAUCACUGAGCAUGGGGAAAGCAGAACGACUGAUUGACCCCCCAGACGCUAUUUGUGAUUAUACAACUAUGUGAUGGCUGAACUGCUUUUAAGCAUGCUGGGAUGUUGGACUUACCAAAGAUGCUAGGGCUAAACGUGCCAGGACCUCAGUGCGUCUUUCUGACAGAGCAGUGAGGAUGAAGAGGCGAGGCCACAGCAGGGGCCAGAGGUUUGUCAAGGCCGACUACUAUGAACUGGACUGGUACUAUGAAGAGUGUACGGAUGUGUUGUGUGCAGACAGAGUUGGCCAGAUGACGAAGACCUACAGCGACGUCGACGCCGUCACCCGACUGCUGGAAGAGAAGGAGCGGGACCUGGAGUUGGCAGCUCGCAUCGGACAGUCGCUGCUGAAGAAGAACAAGGCCCUCAGCGACAGGAACGAACUGCUGGAGGAGCAAGUGGAGCACAUACGAGAGGAGGUACGUUCCCUGGAGGAUAUGACGUCUUCUGUAAUCUCAUGGGUUCAAAGCGUUUUUCUACAUGUGCACAUCCAGGUGUCUCAGCUCCGCCACGACCUCUCCAUGAAAGAUGAGCUCCUGCAGUUCUACACCAACGCUGCUGAGGAGAGCGAGGGGGAGUCCACCACCUCCACGCCGGUACGUCUGAGUGAGCCUAAUGUGUCGACCCCAACUUUGUUUCCGCUGGACUCCCUGCAGAAGAAACUCAAAGACCUGGAAGAGGAAAACCAGUCGCUGCGAUCCGUGGCUAGUCACUUGGAGACUGAAACGAUCUCGUAUGAGGAGAAAGAGCAGCAGCUCGUCAACGACUGUGUCAAAGAACUGCGUGCUGCCAACCUGCAGAUCUCCUCUCUGGCCGAAGAACUGGCCAGGAAGAGCGAGGAUGCUUCAAGACAGCAGGAGGAGAUCACGCACCUCCUCUCUCAGAUUGUAGACCUGCAGAAGAAGGCGAAGCUCUAUGCAGUGGAGAAUGAAGAGCUGACGCAGCACCUGGGUGCAGCCAAGGACGCCCAGAGACAGCUCACUGCUGAGUUGCGGGAGCUGCAGGAUAAGUAUGCAGAGUGCAUGGAGAUCCUCCAUGAAGCUCAGGAGGAGCUGAAGAACCUGAGGAACAAAACUCUACCUCUCAGCACCCCGAGGCGUUUCCAUACCCUGGGCUUGUUCCCCAUGGACUCCCUCGCAGCAGAAAUAGAGGGCACCAUGAGAAAAGAGCUACAGAUGGACGAUCCAGACGUGGAAGAGCAAAGACUACACCCGAAGCGAGUUUUCCAGACGGUGAAGAACCUCAACCUGAUGCGUCAGCAGCGCUCCUCCGCAGCUCCUUCCCCUCUGAACAUCCCGGGCUCCAACCAGAACUCCUGCUUCACCUCGGGCCGCUCCAGCAGGGUGGGCACGCCUCGCUCCAACUCCAUCUACGGCAGUGAAACGGGAAGUGGACUCAUCUUGGACAACAGGACCGGCAGUAUCCUGGAGGGUCCAGAUGAUGGGUCGGAAGACUCCAACAAGCGGCCCCCUGGUACUCCUGGGACCCCGGGCAGCAGGGACCUGGAGGCAGCCCUGCAUCGCCUCUCCCUGCGGCGGGACAACUACCUCUCAGAAAAACGUUUCUUCGAGGAAGAGAGGGAGAGAAAGCUAGCCUACCUGGGGAAGGAGGAGGAGGAGAAAGGAGGGGUCGAAGGCAGCGGAGGCCCAGGGACCCCAACGGAGAGCCUUCUGUCGUUCUGCUCGCAUCCCUCCUUAGGAAGCGUCUGGUCGGGAUACUCGAUCACAGCCAGGUCAUACCUGCCCGACAAGCUGCAGAUUGUAAAGCCGCUAGAAGGUUCCGCUACCCUCCACGCGUGGCAGCAGCUGGCUCAACCCCACAUGGGGGCUCUGCUGGAUCAUCGGCCGGGCGUGGUCACGAAGGGCUUCCGCACUUUGGAGCAGGACCGGGAGCAGGAGGAGAGCUGGCAGCUGGACCAGCCGGAGGAGGAUGAGGUGUCGUGUGACUCCUUCGCCGGCUUGUCAGGGGAGGGCUCCGCUCCAGCAGGCCCGCUUCGUCCCACGUCUGCCGGCCCCGUCUCCGUCUGCUGUAACGGAGCGGGCGAAAUCAAGGGCAGCAGCAAGUCGGAAGGACUGAAUGGAGCGAUUUGUGGCCUUAGAGAGGCAGCGGACGGAUGGGACGGGCACGUUGCAAGCAGGCCUCGUCCCCUUUCCUGCUCGUCCCCGUCCUCUCCCGUUCCCUCGUGUUCAGAGAGCAGCAAGGAGCGCCAGGGCCCGCCGCCCGCCACUGUGGACCGCAUUCCUGUCCAUUUCCCAGGGAAAUGUAUGUCCCACACCAGCUCCACCUACACCUUCACCACCUGCAGGAUCCUCCACCCGUCUGAUCAGCUGACCUCCGUGUCCCCCAGCCCUGCCUUAGCCAGCUGUCAAAGCAGCUCUGCCAUCGGCACUCCUAGCCACAGCUCCUCUCCUGUACCCUUCUCAGCCCCCCACACGCCCUCCUACACCCCCUGCUGCACCCCGCGCCGCCUCUCCCUUUCCCUCUCCCUCGGCGAGUCCUCCACCAACUUGAGGGACUCCACCAAGACCACCAGCACCUCUCUAGGCCUCGUGCGCCUCCUGCGGGAGCGUGGGAUUUCUGCCUCGGUGUACGACCCAUGCAGCUGGGACCGAGGGCUGGGUGCCAGCGGCACUUCAACACCCCCGGGAAGAGUGCAGGUGGAGAGGAGCGCGGCCAAGUCCGGGGAGCAUGAAGUCCGACAGCUGGUGAAACGGCCGGACACGCUCCUCCUCCAGCCCUCCACCCCUCCUAGCUCGCCCCACCAGGAAUCUGCCUCCCCCACCACGGCGCGUCCUGCUUUUCAGUUCAGCCCUUCGACGGAGGAUCCGCCGUAUUACGACGCCUUCCUCGCUUCCAAACCAGCUCGCACCAUUCUGAGGGAAGUGUUGAUGGAACUGGAGAAGGAGUACGUCGGCGCGACGGACGAAGACGGCCAGAACGAGGUGACAAACCUCGGACUUGUGGACAAACUGAAGCGUUUCCGAACGCUCUCCCCCGUUUCUGCCUCAGUUUCCUCCGGGAGCGGUCUGUUGGCCCCCUUCAGCUCCAGCGGACUGGGCGGCGGGCUCCCGGGCUUAAACGCAGGACUGAGGAGGAACCGAAGCUAUCCGGCCAUGGUGGGGGCCAGUAUGGCUAUGAAAGACCCAGGUGGACCGCCCUGCACACUCAUCCCACAGGCGACGCCAGCCUCACAUUCACAAGACCCGGCGCCGACGGACGAAACGGGCAAAGUGCAAACACACCCCUCCGUAGUCAGGAAGGCCAUCCGCGUACCACAGACUCUACAUGCCCUGGAAGCAGCCACACCGCACACAAUAAUACAGAGACACACCAGGCCAAACAGGGACUCAAAGGGCUCGGCGCCGCAAGACCAACACAGCGAGGGUCAAACUAGGACGUGGUAGGGAAGACUCGGCGUUAGCCCAGAGCUACAGCAUUUCACCGCACUGUUCCUGUGCAAACACAAAGCCAAAAAUCAUACCUUUCUGCACACUGGUACAAUUCACCCUCACACCCACUGAAGACCGUUCCUCAGUUCCCCUCACAGCCACUAGUCUGAGAAGCUGGGUGCAGUGUCGGAGUGCUAUUUAUAAGCAGUGGCGGCUGAAACUGUUACACUGUGUUAUAUUUAAAUGCUGUCUGGCCAGAUUAACAACGGAGUAUGCUGCCUUCCUUUUGUGUUGUUAUCGUACAAUGUACUGUAUAUGCAAUAUACUGUGUCAUAUAGUCGAUUAUUAAAGCCCCAGUCUGGUGUGCGUCCUGACGUGGCUAAAUGUUCACCAGCUGUUCUUCUAGUUAUUCGUCACGCUUAGAGAUGCACCAGUUUCUGAUCUCUGAGUUUUAGCAACUUCUCUUGAAGAGCUAUUUAGUAACUUUGAACAUGGUCUGCUUUGACUCCAGUCCUUGAAAGCCACUGAAGUGGUGUGACACACUUGAAUCUAACCUCUCUCUUUGAACACCGCUGCUACUGAAACCAGCCAUGUUUAAUUCGUCUUCUCUCAGUAACGGGGGUCCACACCGAAGAGUGUUGUCGGCACAAGCUGGUAAUGUUUAUGCUUGUUAUGGUUGCAAAAAAGGGAAUGGGUUGCCAAGUUUAAGAACAGCCAUUGCUGAUUGAGCUGAAAAUCCUUGGCUCACGGCCACCAGACAACCUCUUGCCUGGUCUUGCCAAAGACAUUAAAUAUUAGCAAUGUCAAUCAAAUCUAAAUGAAGAAAUGUUUUUCUUUAAAAAACGCCAUGAAGCUGUUUAGGCAUCUUUAUGAGAUCCUAACUGCUUAUUAUUCCAUUUUUCUGCACUGAAGCUAAAAACGUCACAUAUGGUCUGCAACACCUUUUGAGGCUUUCUAAUUUUGUUGUUUAAAAAAAUCCAGAUUGGGGCUUUAAGAGAUCUUCUCGCUGUGACUGAAUGUUCUUAUGUGCCUAAAACAAACACUCUAUUUUAUUGAAAUAUGAGUUUUUUUCAGUAACUGUUUUUUGUUUUCCUUUGGUUUUGCCGUGUGCAAUAGAAGUACGUGCAAGGGAGAUUAUUUGAGCAAAUUCAGCGGUUUGCGUCUGAUUGCCUGCAUGUCUUGUUUCGGAUGUAUAUUUUAACUUUUUGUUUUGAGUCCUAAUGAGUUUCAGAUUGUAUGGGAAUAGAGUACGUCUGUUAAAACAAUGUAAAUGUGUGGGAAUCCCAGAAUAAUUCCCUUUUCUUAUUGUGUUUUGCGCGAUCUGUCUAUAUUCAUCUAGGCAGUAGAUGGAAAAACAAUUCUGAACGCAAGAGUUGGAAUUAGACAGAAAAUAUGGACGCAGACUCGGAAAUCGGACAAAAAAAACGAGCACAGUAGCUGCAGCAUCAGCACGCUACCUGAUCUCGCUUUAAAGACCAAAGGUAAAGUCAGUUUGCAGCACAUUUAGAUUUUUUUAUCCGUUCUUUUUCUCAGUUCGGUCCACCUUGCGUCUCCAAGCAUAUAUGGCAUUAACUUUGGGUCAGACAGCAGAGAGAAAUGCUGGUGAGUCUGAACCUUCAUCUCCAGCAGGUUGUUGCUAAAGGGAAUCUUUAUCAGGAUCCUCAGCUUCUGCCGCUACAGUAUUGAUCAGCUCAGCCUUUAACCUUUGUUCUCCUGUUUAAUCCACAGAGCAAAAGCAUCCUGAAGAAGUAACAGGAAGUGCUCUUGUGCUCACUGAACUAUCCUUUAUCCUCCUUUUUUUUUCUAAUUUUGCUUGGUUACACCUAAAUAAGGCGCAAGUAAUACUGAAGCCUAUCAAAUACGAUAAAAUGGGAUUCCAACAGACAUAGCGUUUUAGACUUUUACACACGUUGAUAUUUAGGUCGUUUUGUUUGUUGAGUUUCGAUGUACCUGGACCAAGAAGUUCUAGUUUGAAUGGAUGGAAUAUUUAGCUUUUUUUUUUUUUUUUUUGUUCGUCGUUUCGUUAAAACCAAGCAGGUGAUAUUUGCACAUAUUUGAGUGAAGGAUGUUUCGGAUUCUUUUUGUUUUGGUGUACGACUGACAUUUGGAAUCGCCUCUGCUGGACAAGAUAAAUACUUGAUAGUUUAGAGCAAGUCCUCGCCAACGGUGGCGUUGAUUGUUGGCCGUCUACAAGCCCAUUUCUACCUUUGACUUCAUGGCAGCCGCACGUUUUGUUAAGAAGGAGAAAAAUAAACCUGCAGUAUCUCAGAAGUGAAGAAUGAAGCAGUAUGUCGGGAUGACUGUGGGUUUCUCAUCGUAUUCUUUUGUGCCACAUCAUCUGAAUGUAAGUUAUUAUUCAGCUUGUAGGGCCAUUGUACAGAAUGAUGAUUAGAAUUGUCUUAUUUAGCCAUCAUUGUAAUGUAAAUGUAUAUAACAGACAUGUAAAAAUUUGAAAAUCUAGAUACAGUAUGUAAAAAAAAAAAAAAAAAAAAUGUAAUCAAAAAGGUGAGUAGUUUAGGAUUAUAGGGGAAUAUGUUCUAAACAGAGACUGAUGGGUUCUAUUUUAUAAAACAUGUUAAACUGUCAAUAAAAUAUAAAAUAAAGGCUUAAUUGUUGUCUUUA